AUGGAAGAUUUGGUUGAAAGUUGUCCAGCAGAUGGACCCCCUAUCUUCAGGAUCUCCAUUACCCCGCUCUUUGAUCAUCAAGGCGCAUCUUCUUUAUCCAUCCAACAAACCCUAGCUCGACCACGUUGUAUUGCCCACGAGGCUCUUCUCUUAUUUGAAACGCGUUAUGGAAAUGUUCCUGCCUAUCAAUUCGCCGAAGAAAAUGUGUUAGCUUUCGAUAACGACGGCCCCCUCCCCAUUUACUUCACCAAGACCAGAUUUGACUCACCUGACCAAGAAUGGCGCGUGAAGCGCAGUACUUCUGGCAAAGUCACAUUGUAUUUCAAAGUCUUUCCUCGAUGUGUUGAUAUCAAGACACCGAUGGGCCCACGUGUCCACAUGCGUCGCGACCAGGGAGGCCUCAUCAGUGGUGGAAGAUGGUUCCUCCCCCGUCCCGCAGCAGAUCGAGUAUGGCGUCAUGUCGUCGAGUGGGAUUUGUCGGAAGCACCAUUGGACACACGUGCCAUGUGGUCUUAUGGUGAAGGCCCUGGGCCCAUUUCCAGAGACGGGUACCCCAUGACAGUUGCAAAUUCGGUCUUCAUGGUUGGACCAAUCAAAAGUUACCCGAAGCCAGCAUCUACUAAGCAACCACUUUCCGGCGCGAACAUUAACUGUUUCUCAUUGAUGGACCCCGAGGAUGAUGGAUAUGAUAAUGGGUGGUACGUUGAAGGCCUCGCAGAAUUUUAUUCCAUAUUUCUGCCUUAUCGCUUCGGCCUUCGCGGUUUUGACUACCUCGUGGGCAGACUAAAUGGGACAUUACAAGCUUAUGGUAGGAGCCCGCGAAUCCAUAUGGACAUAGUCGAUUCCCAACGCAGUUUCUAUGACGACUGGUACGCAGAGCUGAUACCUUAUAUGCGCGGUUGCGUGUACCUUCUCCAGAUCGAUAGUUGCCUGAGAAAAGCCAGCGGUAUAUUUGGUUUCGACCAGAUGAGUCCCUUGGACGACAUUAUUGUCGAUAUGGGUAAACGGUGGCAAAGAGGAGAAAAGCUUCAGUCUUGUGACUGGCUGGCGUACUUAUGGCCGUACCUGGGAGACAUGUCCCAAGGAUUCCGAGAGAUGCUUCGGGGCACAGCAAUGGACUUGAAAGAUGUCCUAGUAGCUCAUGAAGACUGGAUUUUGGCCACCUCAAUGCAGGAAAUUCUGGAGUUUGGGCUCGACAAGUCCAGUAUCAAUCAACGCAUCGUAUCUGGUCUCGUGCAAGGAUCAAGAGCCGCCAUUGCGGGGCUCAAAAAUGGAGAUAAGAUCCUGUUGACGUCACGGGCAAGCUUUUCCUUCCAAGGACAAGCAAGAGUGGCUCUACUCGUGAAACGGAAAGAAGUUGACGCUAACUCGAUGGAUAAAAACGGGCGCACACAUUUCUCACGGGCUACUGCGCGUGGGCACGAAGAAGUCGUUGAACUGUUUCUGGAGCGAAAUAACGUCAAGGCGGACAUAAAAGAUGACUACGGUCGAACCGCACUAGCGUACGCAGCUUUUCAAGGGGAGGCGGGAGUCGUGGCUCUACUUGUGAAACGGAAUGAUAUCGAUGUCGACUCGACAGAUAAUAACGGCCGUAAAUGUCUGUCAUGGGCCGCCGCUAAUCGGCACGGAAAAAUCGUGAGAUUAAUAUCAGAAGAAAAGCCAUCGUUUCGCAGGUAA